AUGCUUUUUCUGGAGUGUCAACCUAUCCUGAAUGAGUUUUUGGGUAGUUAUUUAAGUUUCUUUUGGAUUGCCACUGUUUCACUGGAAGACAAACCUCAGUUGCCAAAACUGACUUUAGCAAUGGUUAUUUUUGUUCUUACCACAGCUUUCAUGAUCUAUAAUUAAAGAGGAUGGUUAUAUUACCAGUACCAGAUUGCAUAGAAGGUGAUAUCUAUCAUGAGGUUUGAACAAACUUUUAUUUCUGUUGAAGAGUUGCAGCAAGUGUUCUUCAGCCUGUUGGCAUCAAUUCCAAGCUUACCAGCAGAGCGGCAGCUGGAUCUGGGGAAUUGGUAUGUCCUUUAACUCAUUUCUGUUCAUAAUUAUAUCUUUGUUUUCGAUCACCUUUACUUUGCUCAUAAUGCAAAACAGUACCCUCGCUUUCAGCAUGCUUUCCUUUUUUAUUUUUUUGGGUUCAUGAACUCAUUUCCUUGGAUUUGUUGGUGGAACCAUUUCAUCUUACAAUAUAUUCUCUCACCAGAUAUCUUUUGAUCGAAAAUUUUCAUCAAUGGAAAGCUUGGGAUGGGAUGACUCACAAGUUGCUACUGGUUCAUUCCCUGUGUGGAGCAGUGAGGGAAAUGAUAUUGAGGAGAGCUUCAUAAUGUCUAACUCAAGUUGCAAGAUGGAUCCCCCACAAGAUAUCUUCAAUCCCAUUGAAGAGCCUCAAAAGGGUCAGUCAUCUGAUGUUAAUUCAAAUUCAGUUAACUUGAAUUCAUUUCCGCACCAAGACGCUGUAAGGUUAGCAGCAGAUUUAACGCUCAUGAAAUCUACCAACUGGGGAGAUGCUUUAAGACAGGAAUAUUGUUCUUCCCCUUGUGGUACAACCCCGUUGAAUGCUUCAAUCUCUGAUUUUGGCGUGGCUGUUCAAUCACAAGUCAUCAGUAGCAGCUUGCAGAAAGGGAUCACAAGUGGUUCAGCUACAGGAUCUCUGGAGUCCCUUGAUUGCCUGCUUUCUGCUACUAACAGCAAUAAUGAUACAUCAGUUGAAGAUGAUGGGAUUUCCAUGAUUUUCUCAGAUUGUAGAAAUUUUUGGAAUUUUGCCCCCAAUGGUGCAGUUUCAUCAGGGGAGUCUGAGAACAAUGGCUCAAAUGCAAGAAGCACCGAUUUCAGAUGUCCUGUAAAUGAGCUUGAUGAAACAGUAUCCCAGAGUUCUUGUGAUCAGUAUGUGAAACCUGGUUCUUCAAAGAGGAGAAAUGAUCAAAGUGAGCUGAAAGUUGUCAUGAAUGCUGGUUACUUCAAUCUUCUUCAAACUGAUUCUUCUGUCACAGAAGGUGGUUUCAGGGUGAUUCCAGUGAAUCCACCAAAAGCGAAGAAACCCAGAUUAGAAAAGCGCCCAAGCUCAUCAAACAUCAACUUCCAGCAGCCAAGUUCAUCGGUGUCCUCAUCCAUUGAGGAACCUGAUCCAGAGGCUAUUGCACAGAUGAAGGAGAUGAUAUACCGAGCAGCAGCUUUUAGGCCUGUUAACUUAGGCUUGGAAGUGGUGGAGAAGCCAAAGAGGAAGAAUGUGAGGAUAUCAACUGAUCCUCAGACUGUUGCUGCUAGGCAAAGGAGGGAGAGGAUAAGUGAGAGAAUUAGGGUUUUGCAGAGGCUGAUUCCUGGUGGGAGCAAGAUGGACACUGCAUCAAUGCUUGAUGAGGCAGCAAACUAUCUCAAGUUUCUCAGAUUUCCUAAUUAUCAUCAUCAUCAUGACACCAACCAUCCAAGAGCAGAAGAAAAAGUCUCAGGAACUUCUACUUCCACCUUUUGUUUUUUUGCUCCUUCCACUACCAACAAUCUAAUUAGCAAAAUCAAGGUAUGAAGUUAGUUAUAACGGAAUUGAAUAGCAAAAAGAAAGGUGGAAAUAGCUUAGGCAUUGAAAAAUUUGGUGACACCCUUUUCUGAGUGAAAAGGUUUAGCAAUUAUGGCACCUAUGAUUAAGAU